UUCGACCGUUAAACACAGAAGUUGGAAGCGAGGAAGAGUCGCAAGAUCCUCGCGAGAAUCGUGGUUUUUUGGGGGUAUAUUCUGUUCCUUCGAGUCGAAGUCCUCGUAAAGACUGUUCUCGUCCAUUGACGCCGUAACACGAUGGAGAAUUUUGUGAAGAUCGAGAAAAUUGGCGAAGGCACAUAUGGCGUCGUUUACAAAGGCAAGCACAAAAAAACUGGGCAGAUCGUAGCCAUGAAGAAAAUUCGCCUUGAGAGCGACGACGAAGGAGUACCUUCGACGGCAGUGAGAGAGAUUUCAUUGUUGAAAGAACUAAAGCAUCCGAAUGUCGUUAAAUUGGUGGACGUUUUAAUGGAAGAAUCUCGGCUGUAUCUCAUCUUUGAAUAUCUUACUAUGGAUUUAAAGAAAUACAUGGACAGUCUAGGCACUGCAAAAUUGGAGCCAGAAGUAAUUAAAUCAUAUUUGUAUCAGAUCACUCGUGCAAUUUUAUUUUGUCACACCCAUAGAGUGCUACACCGGGAUCUGAAGCCGCAGAAUUUAUUAAUUGACAAAUGUGGUGUAAUUAAAGUGGCAGACUUUGGAUUAGGCCGAGCCUUUGGGAUCCCAGUACGAGUUUAUACCCAUGAAGUUGUUACUUUAUGGUACAGAGCACCAGAGAUUCUUCUUGGGUCCAGUAGAUAUUCUUGUGCCAUUGAUAUUUGGAGUAUUGGUUGCAUAUUUGCAGAAAUGGCCACAAAGAAACCAUUGUUUCAAGGAGACAGUGAAAUCGACCAGUUAUUCAGAAUAUUCCGUGUGUUAAAAACUCCUACGGAAGACAUAUGGCCUGGUGUAACACAGCUCCCGGAUUAUAAAGCAACAUUCCCAAAUUGGAAAACAAAUAAUUUAGCAAAUCACGUGAAAACCUUGGAUGCAGACGGUCUCCACCUCUUGCAAGCGAUGCUCAUCUAUGAUCCGGUGUAUAGAAUAUCUGCUCGAGCAGCACUUCGGCAUCCUUAUUUCGAUGACUUGGAUACUACUAAGUUACCAUCUACAUGAUCAAAGAGAUACUUGAUGCUGUACAUGUACAAUCUCAGGAGUGAUUCUAUGUUAGGCUUUUAUCUUAUUUAACUAUUAUUGAUUACAAUCUUAGUAUCAACUUUUAAACAUUAUUUUAUUCUAUGUAUUUGUACAUCUUCCAGGUAUUAUGCUCUUGAAUCGUUAAGUGUCAAAGUAUAUUUUUAAUUCCUCGUUUAAGACUCGUCUUGCGUAAAUAUUUAUAUUAUUAAUACAUUAUUCAGGAUUCUCAAAUUUACUGAAAUUCAGGUUUUGUACCAUAUGCAGAUUAACACAAUUCUUGUCUUUGUCCGUUUCCAAUUUAGCGUUUUAUUAACAAGACGUGUCUUGAAAAGAAAUUCAUCUUGUUAACUAUAAGCUGUACAAAACAGGAAAAUUAUCGUAUCGUCGAAUGUCCAUUCUUAAUAUGUGACAAACUAGUUUUUAAAAAAAUCUUAUACGAAUUCGUGCGAUAGUUGGCAUAACUUUUUCUAUGUAAAAUAAUGCACUAUGUAUUUUUGUGUCACAUUGUUAAGGUAAUUUAUAAUAAAAACGCAUUUUUAUGAACAAAUUUAAA